UGAUGCAUUACCCGUCCAAAUGCAGUAAAGUAUCCACUUCCUGCGUUCAGCUACUUGAAGUGUGUGAAGUCCUGUUCCACCUUCUCAGCCUCUCUCCAAUAUCCUACAUUUUUCCGCAAAUCGAAAAAUCAUACCUUACAUCACAAUCAUGUCUGAACAAGAAGGUCCCGUCACUGCCUACACAUGGCAAAUCUCUGCCCAAGACCAACAGGGUGGCCCCGGUCUUGACAAGGAUAUGAAGGAGCAAGCCAACUGGACCCAACUCGAAUUCUGGGACGACAACGGCAAGCCUUACCUCAAGGAAUACGAAGGCCGCGGUCUUCUCCAAGACAAAGCCGUCCUCAUCACCGGUGGCGACAGCGGUAUCGGUCGCAGUGUCGCCAUCCUGAUGGCCAGAGAAGGCGCCGACGUCUCAAUCUUAUACUUGCCAGAGGAAGAGGAGGAUGCGCAGUGGACCAUCAAGCAGAUUGAAAAGGCUGGUCGCAAGGGUCACGGUAUGCAGUAUGAUCUCAAGGAGGAGAAGAACUGCAAGGCUGCUAUCGACGAGCACAUCAAGGUGUUUGGAAAGUUGAAUGUUUUGGUCAACAAUGCUUCCAUGCAAGAGUCGUGUGAAGACCACAGAGAGAUUGACAUUGCUGUCGUCACACAGACUUUCCAGACCAACAUCAUCCAGAUGAUGGCUCUGAGCAAGUACGCUCUCCAACACAUGAAGCGCGGCGACAACAUUGUCAACUCAGCCUCAGUCCUCGCCUACGAGGGUGAUGCCUCCAAGGUCGACUACUCCUCCACAAAGGGCGCCAUCGUCACUUUCACUCGCGCACUUGCAAAGCAGCAGGCACCCAAAGGAAUCAGAGUCAACGCCGUCGCACCUGGAAUCAUUUGGACUCCCCUACAGCCCGCUACCGCCAAUGUCCCUGCUGAGGGUAUGAAGAAUGUCGGCAAGGGCAUGGCUCCUAUGGAUAGAACUGGUAUGCCUAUUGAGAUUGCUACUGCAUACAUUCAGUUGGCUUCGCCUCUUGGUUCGUACUUCACCGGCGAGUGUAUUCACGGUACCGGUGGUAUUGAGAUGCAGGGUUAGAUGGUGUACCUUUCAUGACUUGAGACGUCUCAGUAAUUAUGUUAUUUAAUGAAUUCAAUGUCGUUCACAUCUUCCCAAG